AUGCCACAGACAAGCCGCUCUGACAACCCUGACGGACAGAACGCGCACAAUGGCUCAAAUGUCUCUGCCAUCAACGGGGCGAACAUGCCGAAAGCCGACGAAGAAAACGGCGGCGGCCAUUGCUCCGAUGGAUCAGAGAAUGAUUAUGACCGAUUAAAGGAUUACCCGGAGACCAUUGACUAUUACAGCUUGCUCGCAUUAGCUCGAGACCCUCCGCCGACGGAAGCGCAAAUACGCUCGGCCUACAAAACGUUGACGCUCAGCUUCCACCCGGACAAACAACCCGAAGCGCUAAGAGAGGCAGCUACGGCGCACUAUAACAAGAUACGUGACGCAUAUGAGACUCUGUUAGAUCCCAAGAAGCGAGUUGUAUAUGACAUGCUGGGUGAAGAAGGAGUGCGGCACACUUGGGCGGAGGGAGGGCUGAUGGGUAGAAACGGAUACGCUGAAAGCCAGCAAAUCGGGGUGAAGGCGAUGGACGAAGCUGAAUUCCGUCGCUGGUUUCUGGAGGCCAUGAAGCGUCGGGAAAGGGCCAUUUUGAAUGACCUAGUGGAUGCUAGUGGAGUGAUUCACCUUUCAGUGGAUGCGACAUCUAUGUUCGAGACUACACCGGACGGAGAUGUCUCGAUACGUGUACCCAACCUGAGGCCAUCAGCGUUUUUACUUGGAUACGCGCUUCCCAUACCACUUCCUGAUCUUUCUUGGUUUUACUCCUCAAAAUCAGCGGCGAAUGGAGAGGGAAAUGAAGAUAGAGAUGAACCACCAACGGGUGAUGGAUUAUCUGCAAAUCAAAUGCCUACUAAGUUGCAACUACAGGCUUCAGUAAACGGUCGUUUUGGAAAGACGGUUCAGACCGUCAAACUUUUAAACCCGGAGACAGGAGAAAAAUUUGACGGACAAAUGCAAAUACCUCUAACGAUUCGCAAUGCGAACGUUAAUUUCGGAGCUACAUUUACACACGUCAUCAGCAGUGACCCUUCCAGACGAAGUAUCCUCAAAGGGCCGCUAUUAUCGUUUCUCGGUGACGCAGUGGUGACCAUCAAUACUCCUCUUCUACCCCAGCCUCUUGCUCAAGCAAGCAUCAGCAAACUUAUAACUCCGAUAGAAGGAACAAGACCAUUUUCACUCACCGUGAAAUCUACGUGCUCGUCUUCUCCGUUGCUAUGCCCUCCCGAUCUUGGCCUAACAAUAUCACGUAUGGUAGGCGCAGCAGGUGUAGUUACCUGUGACUGGUCAUCAGGAUCGCUUUCAUGGCCAGAAUUCCUUAUGGGUAUUUUCAUGGAUGCUAGCAAACGCGACCAAUACGGGGAAUUUCUGAGAAUAUAUUCGAUGAGUGGCAUUUCGAUCGGAUACACAAGCUUGCCGACAAUACUGCUACCUGCAGACCCACAUGACGAUGAUCACGAGACGGAUGAAGGUGAUAGGGAUAUGCUUUUUCCAGACCAUGACCAUAACCACCCCAAGCAGCCUCAGCAGCUGCCGGAGCCCAAUGAGACCUGGGGUUUCAACCUCGGUUCGUCGCCAGCGGGCGUUAACCUAACCAUGCAAUAUGGACGGACGAUUUUUGCACGGAAGCCGGCGGAGCCAUUACGUUCCGAGUGGAGUAGCGAGGGUUAUUAUCCCAGCAAAAGUCGGAGUGGCAGCGGUGCCAUACGGCUAGGACUUCGCGUGGUGAUUGAGAGUGACCUCAGCAUGGGCUGGUCCCUGUCUGGCUCACGGAGAGUUGGCGAAUUCACCCGCAUGGGAUUGACAGUGUCUACAAUUGGCGGCAUGGGGCUUGGUUGCAGCGUCUCAUGGAGUAGAUUGGGGCAAACCUUCAAAAUACCCAUAGCUUUAUGUCCCGUUGACAAAAUCACCGGUGAUCUGUGUACCUUGGCGGUCAUAAUGCCGGCCGCGGUCUAUGGAGCGGUUGAAUUUGGAUACCUGCGUCCCAGGGCUCGGCGGAGGGAAAAGCAGGAAAUCGCAAAGAUGCAAAAGAGACUUACAAAACUGGUUGCGAAGCGGAAAGCAGAAAGCGUGCAGGCAGUUUCAAUGAUGAGGGAUCAGGUCUUGCGAAGGCAGGAUCGGGAAGCUGAUCGAGACGGGUUGGUGGUCGUUCACGCUGAAUAUGGAUGUCCGCCAACCGCUACCUUGAAGAAUAAGAAGCAACAAAACGGGACCACUGCAGUUGACGAAUGCUAUGAAGAAGGCAUGAUAGAUGUCACGAUUCCGGUCGCGGCACUGGUUGAUCAGGGACAGUUGGUUCUAUCGCGCCGAGUCAAUAAGGUCUCUAACUCCCCAUCAAACCUAUCCGCCUUCGUUUUUCCCCCAUUUAACCAGGCAGACAUAACAAACACCAAAUACUAA